CCUAGCGGAAAUAAUGACGUCAGAAACUCGAGGCGUAAGCGAGAUGCCAAUGGGGUGAUACAUCGUCAGAAACUUGGACUCUAUCUCCGUAGUUGGAUCUUGUUCAUUACGUUUAAUGCUGCCAAUUUUGCACGAGAUAUCGUGACGAGAUUUCGCGCGAGCCUGUUACUGUUAACGGCGGGAAAAAAUCGCACCAGCCGAAAGUUCUUUCCACUUUGAUGCAGGUAGGCCGGGUUCGUUCUGUCUCGAAUACCCCCUUCCCUCUUCCCUCGUCCUUAUGCGUUACCUUCGUCUACCCGUAUACUAGCGCGUGUGCAAAGGACGUGUGACGACGUUUCCUUCGGAAUCAAACGGAAUCAAAUGUAGUUGCUAUUGGAAAUUGCGAGAUUUACGGAUCGCACAAACGGAUGUAGAAAGACAAAAAUAAUAGCAACAUUAUCAAUCACAGUGAUUCAUCUUCUCGUCGCACGUUCUGGCCGAGAAAUUCAGAGAGGAGAUACAGUCAACGAUAUUUACAUUUGACACACUAGACGAGUGGUAUAAAUAUUCCAAUUGGGAUAAAUAUUGAUAUCAUAAACAUGUCUGAUCACUUUGGGCCAAUUACUUUGAAAUGGGAUCCAAAAAACUUGGAGAUACGGACCAUGUCUGUAGAGAAAACAUUAGAGCCGCUAGUGCUUCAAGUUACCACAUUAGUGAACACAAAAGGUCCCAGCAAGAAAAAGAAAGGAAAAUCAAAGAGGGCUAGCGCGCUUGUUGGAACCGUAGAAAAAGCAACUACCAAUUUUAUCGAAAAAGGUGAAAAGAUCGCCUAUGAAAAUCCGGACAUUACAGCGGAAAUGUUAAGCGCUGUAGAAGAAGUGAGAAAAACAGGUGCAGCAAUGAGCAUUGCUGCAAGGGAAUUUUCUGAGGAUCCAUGCUCGUCGCUGAAACGCGGCAAUAUGGUACGCGCCGCAAGGAAUUUAUUGUCAGCGGUGACGCGUUUACUUAUUUUAGCAGACAUGGUUGAUGUUCACUUGCUCUUGAAAUCAUUAUACGUAGUGGAGGAUGAUCUGAAAAAGUUGAAGAACGCCUCCUCACAGGGCGAAUUAAUCCAGAAUAUCAAGGAAUUUGGCAGAAACGCCGCCGAAUUGAUCCAUCAGGCGGCCAAGCGUCAACACGAGCUAAAGGAUCCACAGCUCAGAGACGAUUUGGCGGCUGCUCGGGCCGUCCUGAAGAAACAUUCCACCAUGUUGCUCACCGCGUCGAAGGUAUAUGUGCAGCAUCCCGAUCUGGCGGCAGCCAAGGCGAAUCGCGAUUACGUGCUGAAGCAGGUGUGCGAAGCCGUGAACACGAUAAAUGACGUUGCUCAAGGGAAAACUCCGCCCGACAAUCAGCAUCCUUACGAAGGUCCGGGCGAGUUGGCCGCCGCGUUGGAUGACUUCGAUGAAAGGAUGGUGAUGUCUCCGCUUGCAUAUAACGAAGUUCGUACGCGGCCGAGCCUCGAGGAGAGAUUGGAAAGUAUUAUCAGCGGGGCCGCAUUGAUGGCGGAUUCGUCGUGCACCAGGGACGAACGUAGAGAGCGCAUUGUCGCUGAAUGUAACGCGGUCAGACAGGCGCUUCAGGAUCUUCUGAGUGAAUACAUGAACAACAUGGGCGUCAAGGAACAAUCUGAAGGCUUAGAGAGAGCCAUAGAUCACAUGUGUAGAAAGACCCGUGAUCUUCGCAGACAAUUGCGCAAAGCUGUAGUUGAUCAUGUAUCGGAUAGUUUCCUGGAAACGAGCGCGCCGUUACAAGCUCUGUACGAAGCAGCAGAAAAGGGUUGGAUCAAGGAAGUGGAAGAGUAUGCGCUUAUUUUCACGGAACAUGCGAAUAAACUGGUAGAGGUUGCAAAUCUGGUGUGCAGUAUGUCUAACAACGAAGAUGGCGUAAAAAUGGUGCGUUACGCUGCUGCGCAAAUAGAGAAUCUAUGCCCACAGGUGAUCAACGCUGCGCGCGUGUGGGCUGCACGAAAUACGGAUGUUGCGAAGGACAAUAUGAAGGUAUUCCGCCAGGCGUGGGAAAAUCAGAUGCGCGUAUUGACGGAGGCUGUGGACGAUAUCACCACGAUCGACGAUUUCCUGGCGGUCUCCGAAAAUCAUAUUCUGGACGACGUCAACAAAUGUGUCUUGGCAUUACAAGUGCGUCCCGGUGAUGCUGACACUCUAGAUAGACAUGCGGGUGCAAUACUCGGCCGUUCCGCCAGAGUGUGCAAUGUCGUACAAGCUGAGAUGGACAAUUAUGAGCCAUGCAUUUACACUAAGCGAGUUCUUGAAGCGGUGAAGGUUCUCAGAAAACAAGUGAUGCCAAACUUUGAGCAACGAGUGGAGGAGGCUGUGAAUGCUCUGCGCAGCAAUCCGGCGCAAGAAGUGGACGAAAACGAUUUCAUCGACGCGUCUAGAUUGGUGUACGACGGAGUUCGCGAAAUCAGGCGAGCUGUGCUGAUGAACAGGGCGGAUGAGGACCUGGAUCCUGAAGAUGUGGAACUGGAUGAGCAUUACACGUUGGAAACACGUAGCAAGUCUAGCGCUCAGACCGGGGAACACGGUGUGGACGAGUACCCGGAGAUCAGCGGCAUCACGACCGCCCGUGAAGCAAUGAGAAAGAUGCCGGAGGAGGACAAGCAGAAAAUCCUGCAACAGGUCGAAUAUUUCAAGAGCGAGAAACUCAAAUUCGAUAAAGAGGUGGCGAAAUGGGACGAUGCCGGCAAUGACAUUAUCGUUCUUGCUAAGCACAUGUGCAUGAUUAUGAUGGAGAUGACGGACUUUACUCGCGGCCGAGGUCCCCUGAAAACGACCAUGGACGUUAUAAAUGCGGCGAAGAAGAUCUCCGAAGCUGGCACAAAGCUGGACAAGCUGACUAGACAGAUUGCCGAUCAGUGCCCGGAGAGUUCCACAAAGAAAGAUCUCUUGGCGUAUUUGCAACGCAUAGCGCUCUAUUGUCACCAGAUGAAUAUUACGAGUAAGGUGAAGGCAGAUGUGCAGAAUAUCAGUGGCGAGUUGAUCGUCUCCGGCCUAGAUAGCGCAACCUCUCUCAUACAGGCUGCCAAAAACUUGAUGAAUGCCGUUGUGCUUACGGUGAAAGCUUCUUACGUCGCGUCGACGAAGUAUCCACGACAAUCCACGGUAACGUCUCCUAUCGUCAUAUGGAAGAUGAAGGCUCCGGAGAAGAAACCGUUAGUACGUCCCGAGAGACCUGAAGAGGUGAGAGCGAAAGUGCGUAAAGGUUCGCAAAAGAAGGUGCAGAAUCCUAUACAUGCACUUUCGGAAUUUCAAAGCCCUACCGAGAGUGUAUAAGCUCUGCCAAUGUAAGUAAACGAAAAAAUAGAAGUAAUGUAUUAAAUAUAUAUAUACAUACAGCAUCACCUUUCAAGAGUUAUGUAAGGCCAAAAUAUUUUAUUUUCGAUGAAGUUUAAAAUGUGAACGAUAUAGAAUGUCUUGAUCAUUCCGUGGUAUACUACGCAUGAAUAUACAAUUUAAGUAUGUUAACUAUUAGUUUUUAAUCGAGAACAAUAAUCACAGUAAUAAAAGCGAAUAAUACAUAAUUCCAAGAAAUAACCAAUGCAAUUUUGAAGAGCCGUUUUAACGAGAAAAUUAGUAGGAAUUAAGAAAGGCUGAAAGACAUACACACAAUCAUCAUAUUCAAUCUUACAGGGGCACAAUUAAGUAUAAUAAGGAUUUUAUGUUACAAAUCAUAUUUGUUUGUGAGUCCAUACAGUAUGAUUGUAUUUGAGUUUUUACUCGCAUAAUGGAAAAUCUUUAUAUUAUCUAUUACAUUUUUUUAGCUGUAAGAGUGACACAUACACAUUUCACUCAUGCGACAAAUUACAAGAAUCCUAUUACUUCCUAUAUUACUAAUUUAUUUUUCGACAAUACAAUAUAUUUCUUAUUGGUUUAUAUUAUUUUAUAUAACUUUAUAUUGGUGAUUUUUAUUCUAUGUAUAUUUAUUAUUAAGAUUUUUUAAUAUCAGUAUCUACUUAGACGUGAUAGCGUUCAGAUUAGAAAUAUAUCUUUAUGUAAAUUUUUUCUUCUUAUAGUAAAUUCUAUUAUUCUUAUUUUUUUUGUGAAGAAUUGAGUUUAUACGAGGUGAAUAAAACUGAUCAUGGAUUGACACAGUAUUGUAUCGAAAUAAAGAGACUGCAGAUUA